CUGCUGUUACCUGUCAUCGUGCGCACUCAACAGUACCGAACGUUGGCGAAAAAUACCAGGCAGGCUGGGAAACGAUACAUUACAACGGAGAAGAAAGCUCCAUCGACUGAGGAGGGAGAAAUUAGAGAGGAAGGGGAAGCCCUGUGACAUUUCAAGUACCAUGGUGCGUGAACGGCGCAAUGGGAACCUGGUUGUCCAGCUGGGGCCAAAGCAGCAGGCCUACCCGGAGGAGCUGAUCAGACAACGGCGAACUCAUGAAGGUCUAACAGAGUACCUGAUUCGCUGGUGUCUGCAGGCUAUAGAUGAUGGCAGUGGCUCCAGUGGAGGCACCAAUGAAGCCGGUGGGGGGGGGGGGAGCAGCUCUGGCGUGGGUGGCUCCGGUGGCUCAAACUCAGGCGAGAGCAAGACGGAGAACAUCCUGAUGUGGAUGUCCACUGAAGACGUGUAUGCCAACUGCCCGUCGCUGUUGGGCAAGCGCAAGGCCGAUGCCCAGCGGCCCCUCCUGGAGGAAGAGGAGAGGCCCAGCGGCCAGUUCCCCACGGACGUCACUUUCGACGAGGUGGAGCUCUCUGACAUGAAGGACGACGUGAAGAAUCUCGUCUGCAGGGCUCGCAAACAAAUGGCCAAGAAGAGCGACUUUGCCAUCAGCAUCACGCACACCAUCCAUGUGCUCAGUGCCUACGCCAGCAUCGGCUCCCUGGUGGGGGUUUUCAAGGAGACGGGAGCCCUGGACCUGCUCAUGGAGCUGCUCUGCAACAAGGAGCGACAGACGCGUCGCAGUGCUGGGAAGAUGCUCCGGGCCUUGGCCUCGCAUGAUGCAGGGAGUCGUGCUUACGUGCUGCUGUCGCUAAGCCAGCAAGACGGCAUCGAGCAGCACAUGGAUUUUGACAAUCGCUACACUCUUCUGGAGCUGUUUGCAGAAACCACCUCCUCUGAGGAGCACGGCAUCUCCUUUGAAGGGAUCCACCUCCCCCAGAUCCCAGGGAAGCUGCUCUUUUCCCUGGUGAAGCGCUACCUAUGUGUCACAUCCCUCAUGGACAAGCUCAACACAGCAGGCGUGGAGUCCAGUGCGGAGCGGCAGGACGCCGGCCCCUCCUCCUCCGGCAGCCACCAGACAGAGCAGCUGCGGGUGCAGCGGGAAUUUGAGUUCACGAUGGCCAUGGCGAACCUGAUAUCCGAGCUGGUGCGGGUCAUGGGCUGGGACCGCAACCGGCAGGUGCCCCACUUCGCCGAGGGGCCGGCGCAGGGAGGGGCCUGCGGGGAGGAGCCGGAGGACGAGCCGCCGCGCCGCGUGCUGCGCUCCAUCUUCCAGCCACGCUUCUCCGCCUCGCCCGUCACCGCCAUUUCUUCCGCCGCUGCUGUGGUUGCCACGCCUCCCAAGAAGAAGACGGGCAACGGCUUUAAGACGCGCACGGACUUUGCCAGCCGCUCGGCCUACGUGGAGUAUGUGCAGGACAACCUGAAGAGUGGCAUGCUGGUCCGCAUGCUGGAGGACUACGAAGAGGUCAGCGCCGGAGACGAGGGAGACUUCCGCUAUAGCAACGACGGAUCUCCGCCGGUACAGGUGUACUGGAACUCUCUGUCGAGAACCUACUGGGUGCACUGGCACAUGGUGGAGAUCCUGGGCAGUGGCACCAGUGGCCAGGCUGAGAAGGAAACGCAGGAGAAGGCUUCCUCCCUGACCGAGACCCUCAAGCUCACCACGGUGAGCCAGACGUUCUUCUCCAAACCUCCUGGUGGGCUAUACUCGCUGCCUUACCUGGCUGAGGGGCUGCAGGUGGACAGGACCUGCCUGAGCCGGGCUGAGUGGUGGGAAGUGUUAUUCUUCAUCAAGAAGCUGGAACCAAAGCAGCAGCAGGAAAUCAACAACAUCCUGCGCCAGAAUCUGGACGACCAGAUAUCAGACCUGGAUGAAGUUACUCUCAUUCAGCUGCUGGUGCCAGGCGAGGUGGCCAAGAAGCUGCUCCUCUACCUAAAGCAGACCCUGCAGGCCUCCUGCCUGGGGGAUUUGCUCUGCUCCCACACCUUCUCCAAAUAUUACCGGCGCAGAGGAGGGGGAGAGCUAGAGGACGAAGAGAUGCUGGUCAAUGGCUCCCUGGGCUCCUCGGGCCUGGGAGGGCAGGGCACCUCAUCUUCGUCCUCCACCAGCGUCUCGUCCUCUUCAUCCUCUUCCUCCUCAGCCAUGGGCUCUGUGUCUAAGAAGCCCAAGAAGGAGAUCCCGGCAGACUCGGGCUUCGCCAGCUACGACACCGAGAGUGAGCUGCCCGACGAUGAGACCAAGUACCCUGAAGACCUGGAGGAGAAGAUGAAAGUGUUCAACAACCCAAAGGUGCAAGGUAAGAAGACAGCCCUGGAGAAACUGGGCGAGGUGGUGGACAUCAUGAAGAAGGGUGGCUCCGAACCAGGUCAGCAGCUGGCUGGCAUGAAAUUCAUCGUCAAGGUCCUGGAGGAGGAAGGGCCCCAGGAGAGAGGUGGCCUCAGGGCCGACGCCCAGACCAUCCGGGAUAAAGUCCUAAAAUUGCUCGUGGAGAUGCUGAGCGGUCAGCCCAAGGAAAUCGUGGUCAGCAGCCUGCGACUAACCCGUGCCCUCAUGCUCAAGUAUGAGUGGAGAGUGUCCUUUGCCACGGAAGGGGGCAUCAAAGCCAUCCUGUCCUGCAUGCAGGAGCACCCCACCGUCACACAGGUCCAGCAAGUUGCCCUGGCGACUCUGAAGGUCAUCACAGGUGCCAGUAAGCAUGACUUGAGUAGCAUGGGCAGCUGCGUGCCGCUCUCCGAGUCUGGAACCCAGAUGAUGCUGGAGAUCUUCGCUAGCAUCGGCUCGGCAACACCACAGGGUUCCAAGGGACUGCUGGGUGCCAUCCCCGCCGCCAUCGAGCUGAUGCUCAACACGCCAGGGUGUAUGUUCUCGGUGAGGAACGGUCUGUUGGUGAUCAUCAUGCUGAUCUCGAGUCACAAAAGCUUGGCUGAGCAGCUUGUGGCCUGCGACGUCAGCACCGUGCUCAAGAAGUGCCUGUCAGCCCCGCGGCCAGAGACCAUGCUGGCCAUCAUCGCUCUCAACCACAUCUCCAUGGUCCACAAGCUGGAGAAGAAAGAGUCCAAGGAGGAGCUCGACUUCAAGGACACGGAGCUGAAGAUGCUGGUGGUGAGCCUGAAGGAGAUGACGGCCACCAAGGAGGUGAUCCUGACGCUGGAGCAGCUGCUGUGUGACUGCACGUCGCAGCUGGAGGAGGAGCGCAACCAGGUGACCCGCAGCAGGGACACCUACCAGGACCUGGUCCGCCUCAUGGACCAGCACCGGGCCGACCGCGCGGCCCAACUCUCCAUCCUCAGGAUACUGAAUAAGUUCUUGGACAACUACCAAGAAGACCUGCUUCCGUGGCAUGAGAGUAUUGAGCCUUGUCUGUCCUCGAUGACGGCCUUCAUCAACGACCGGGAGGUCGUGCAGCUUUUCAUCCGAUUCCUCUACCGUCUGGCUUCUCUGAACAAAGACUAUGCCGUGGUGAUGUGUCGCCUGGGGACCAAAGAUGCCCUGGUCAAGGCCCUUGACAAGCACAGCACCAACCUGCUCAUGGUCACAGAGCUACGGGACCUGAUUAAUGACUGUGAGAAGUACGCCAGUCUCUACAAGAAGAUGACCACAAGCGUCCUGGCUGGAUGCAUCCAGAUGGUCCUUGGUCAAAUAGAAGAGCACCGCCGCAGCCACCAGCCAAUCAACAUCCCCUUCUUUGACGUGUUCCUUCGAAAUCUGUGCCAAGGGUCCAGUGUGGAACUCAAGGAGGACAAAUGCUGGGAGAAGCUGGAGGUGUCCUCUAAUCACCAUCGAGCCAACAAGCUCACUGACAAAAACCCCAAAACCUACUGGGAGUCCAAUGGCUGCACAGGUUCCCAUUUUAUCAACAUCUACAUGCACAAAGGGGUGGUUAUUAGGCAACUGGCGGUGAUUGUGGCCAGUGAAGACUCAAGUUACAUGCCUGCACGGAUUGUGGUGCUGGGCGGAGACGACCCCACAAACAUCAAUACGGAGCUGAACACAGUCAACGUGCCUCCGUCAGCCAGUCGUAUUGUGCUGCUGGAGAACAUGACUCGCUUCUGGUCCAUCGUGCAGAUCAGGGUCAAGAGGUGUCAGCAGGGUGGCAUUGACACACGGGUCCAUGGUUUCGAGGUGUUGGGGCCCAAACCCACCUUCUGGCCUGUGUUCAAAGAGCAGCUGUGCUGCAGGACUUACCUCUUCUACACCACCAAGGCCUACACCUGGUGCCAGGAGAUCCUGGGGGACAAGGCCCAGCUACUGCAACUCUUCAACAAACUGAACAGCGCUCUCCGACACGAGCAGAUGUUCGCCGACCGCUUCCUGCCCGACGCCGAGGCCGCCGAGGCCCUGGGCCGCACCUGCUGGGAGGCGCUCAUCACCCCCAUCGUCCAAAGCAUCACCUCCACCCGAACCACGGCGGUCAGCCCGCUCUCCUGGCUGCUCAGCGAGUACCUGGACAACGCCGAGUCGGCCCGGCGCUGCAAGGGCCGGGCGGCCAUCUUCAACUCUCGCGUCCGCCGCCUCACGCACCUGCUGGUCCACGUGGACACCAGCCGGGUGGACACGGAGGAGCUCAAGCCGCCCAUCAAGUCCAAAGGUAUCAACCGAAGCAAAGAUUUGAAGAAUGGCAAAGAAGGCAAGAACAAAGAUGCGGCCGCAGCCUCUUCCUCCUCCUCCUCUUCAUCGGUCAAGCCCAAACUGAAGAACACCAGCAGCAUCGCAGGAAUAGCACUGUGUUGGCAGGGUGUGGUACAACGCCAGGUAAAGAAGUUCCUGGACUCCACGUGUAGCCUACCUGACUUUGUGGAGAGGUACAGGAACAUGUACCUACGUCUUAAAAACGCCAUGGAGGAGCUCUUUGGUCAGCAGACGGCCUUUGCGCUGGCUCUCCGCCACGGCUUCUCUGCCGCCCUCCUCCAGCUCUCCAUCCUCACUGCCAUGCAUGUGAGUGAGAGGUUUGCCCAGUACAUUGACCUGAUGAUCCAGGACAGCGGAGUAGACUCUGGCAACGUGGAGACACUCAACAAGCUCCAGCAGUUCCUGGAACCCAUGCUCUUUCUGUCUGGCCUCGAACUGGCCAACACUUUUGAGCACUUUUACAGAUACUACCUAGGGGACCGCUUGCUGGGCCAGGCCAAGGUGUGGCUGGAAAAUGCCGUCAUCGAGCACAUCGGCACCUGCUUCCCCAACCGCUUCCCCCAGCAGAUGCUGAAGAACCUGACUGAGUCGGAGGAGCUCCAGCAGGAGUUCCACCUGUACCGCCUGCAGCAGCUGGACAAGACCCUGCAGGACACGGACGAGGAGAUGAUGGAGGAUCAGUCCUCGGAGCCGGACGAGGAGAGCGAGGUCAAGGUGCUCGUUCUGUCUCCCCGCUGCUGGGCCGUCUCCUCCCCCUGUUACCUGGACAACCCCAGAAAGCACCUCCCCCAGCAGCUCUGCAGCUACCUGGCGGAGUUCACCGACUUCUAUGCCAACAGUCAGUGCAUGUAUGAAAUGGCCCACACCAAGCCCCGGCGGCUCCAGUGGACGUGGCUGGGCCAUGCCGAGAUGACGUACGGCCCCUGUACCAUCUACGUGUCCACCCUGCAGAUGUACAUCCUGCUGCAGUUCAACCACCAAGAGGACGUGUCUGUGGAGACUCUGCUGCAGGCCACGGGCCUGUCGCCCACCGUCCUCCUCCACGCCCUGUCCCCCCUGACCGCCGAGAAGGGCGUCCUCACCCACGACGGCCCCGACAGUGACCCCACAAAGGGAGUUCUGAAGUUGAAUCAUACUCUAACCCAGGGCAAGGACAGCCACAGCUUCUGCUACCUGCUGCCCAAGCAGACCUACUUGAAUGUAGACGAGGACUCGGCCCGCACGCUGGAGAGGAAGAGGAACUUCAUCUACUGCCUCAUCGUCCACAUCAUGAAGACCGAGAAGGAGAUGCACAUAGACAACCUGGUGUUCAAAGUGUUGGACACAUGCCAGAAGCAGGAGGCGGGGGGGUUCCCUGGCGGCAUGCGCUUCAGCUGCACCACCACGGACGUGCUGGGCUGCGUCAUGCACGUCAUCAGCAAGGGCUACGUCAGGCGCAACGAGGACAGUCCCCACAUUGUGGAGUUUGUGCCCGAGGACCCCUCCACGCCCCAGAAGGGCCAGGCACACUUCUCCUUCAGCAAGACGGAUCUGAAGAAGACCCCUGGCAGCGGCAGCAAGGCUGACUUCAGCCUGGGAGGCCUGGCUGUAGCUCCUCAGCGUGCCGAGGACGGCGUCUUGGAGGCGGUCCUGUUCUCCAUGGGCCGGACCAUGAACCAGGAAGAAGUCAGGCAGCUGAUGCAGCGCACCGUCCAGCAGGUCGCCGGGACCCUGAGUCUGGACCUGGACCGGGCCGAGCACCUGCUGGUGCACUGCAAGUGGAACGUGGACGUGUUGAUCCAGCGUUACUCUGACGACCCCGACAGCGUGGUCAUGGCAGCUGGGCUGAAGGGGAGGAACCCACAGCCGCCCGCCGCCCCUGUGUCCAGCUGCCCCGUGUGUCUCAUCGCUCAGACGGGGGAGACUGAGGCCGCACCCACUCUCUGCUGCAUGCACUACUGCUGCAAGUCCUGCUGGCAGGAGUAUCUGACGGCAAGGAUUGAGCAGAACCUGGUGAUGAACUGCAACUGUCCAAUCACAGACUGUCGAGCACAGCCCACCUCUCAGUUCUUCUUUAGCAUCCUAACAGACAAGGAUACCAUCUCCAAGUAUGCGAACGCCCUCCUGCGUGGAUAUGUAGAGUGUUGCUCCAACCUGACCUGGUGCACCAACCCCCAGGGCUGUGACCAGAUCCUGUGCAAGGAGAACAUCGGGAGCAUGGGCACCUGUUCCAAGUGUUGCUGGUCUUCCUGCUUCAGUUGCAACUUCCCAGAGGCCCACUACCCGGCCAGCUGCAGCCACAUGUCCCAGUGGAUGGACGAUGGUGGCUACUAUGAGGGCAUGAGCAUGGAAGCCCAGAGCAAGCACCUUGCCAAACUCAUCUCCAAACGUUGCCCCAGCUGCCAGGCCCAGAUAGAGAAGAAUGAAGGUUGCCUACACAUGACUUGUGCCAAAUGUAACCAUGGCUUUUGCUGGAGGUGUCUGAAGCCAUGGAAACCAACUCACAAAGAUUACUACAACUGCUCAGCCAUGGUGAGCAAAGCUGCCAGGCAAGAGAAGAAGUUUCAAGACUACAAUGAGAGAUGCACUUUCCACAAUCAGGCCAAGGACUUUGCUAUCAAUCUGGAGAACAAAGUGUCAGCCAUCAAUGAAGCCUUGCAGAUGAAAUCCUUGACCUUCGUCAUCGAUGCCUGCAAAGUCCUCGCUCAGGCUCGCAAGGUGCUGGCCUACUCGUGUGUGUACAGCUACUACAACCAGGACACAGAGAAGAUGGAUGUGAUGGAGCAGCAGAUGGAAGCCCUAGACCUUCACACUAAUGCCCUACAGAUCUUGCUGGAGGAGACCCUGCUGCAGUGUACUGAUCUGGCCUCCUGCGUCCGGCUCCUAAAGCCUGAGCACCUCAACACUGGACUGGAGCUCAUCCGCCGGAUCCAGGAGCGCCUGGUGGCCAUCCUGCAACACUCCACCCAGGACUUUCGAGUGGGGUAUCAGUCCAAAACAGGACAAGACCAGGAAUCUGCUCAAGCUUCAAAUCUGUCUAAUCACACAGACGCCAACAAAACGGCCAAGUCUGACAGGGCCUCGGAGUCCGGGGAUUCCGACAACAACAACAACACGGGCGAGGAAGUGGGCGACGAAGCCGAGGAGGACGACGAGUACGACGACGAGUACGUCCCCGAGUGGCACGAAGACUACGACGAAGACGACAUCGACGAGGACGACUUCUUCUCCGACGACGACGAGUCGGAGAACCUAGAGAGGGACUUUAGUCCCUUUGACUAGACACCUUCUCACACAGUAACAUGAAGAAGCAGGCAAAAAAAGUCAGUCCCAACUGUGCAGGCACUGUAUCACCAUAUGAAUAUAUUAGAUAUAUAAGAAUCUAACAGUACAACGAUUAUACAAGACAGGGAGGUAGACGUCUGUUCUGACUUUGACCAGCUGCACGAACAUUUUACACUUUCUGUACUUCAUCUGUCAAUUCCAUAGGUUUGAUUACUCAUAAAGCCUUUUCUUGUGUUCCUUAUGAAACAUUAAUGCCGCUGAUAAGGGCACAAUUACUUGCAUUGAUGAAGGAUCGUCAUAAGUGAAAACAUUAUGUGAAUAUGCUUGGGAACAAAGCCCAUAAUUUUUGUUUAAUGCAGAAGCUGCUGCUUUUUGAUUUACUUUGGCAACUGAAUGAAGGGAUUUAUAAUCCAGGGUUGGGAAGACUGUUAGUCUUGGUUAUAAGUUGAUGUUUAUGUCAUCAUAUACUGGCAUAUUGAUUUGGCUCAGAUCAUUUUUCUUGCAUCACAUACAGGUUUGCCUUUUCUUUUUUUAAUACGUGGGUAUGCCUUUAUUACGAACAAUAAAGAACACAUUUAAUUGCUAUAAUACGUCCAUGAUACGUGAAAUACGUAAAAUACCGUAUUCCUGAUCUACAUCUUGGUUUGUGUUUAGAAUUCUGGUAUGACAUUGCAAAAUACAUUGUUUUAAGAGUGUAACUUUUUCAUGCAACUGUGUUAAAGGGCUACGAGAGCUAAGACUUAAAUUUAACAUUACUAAAUACAAAAUGUGGUCUGGACUUGAACAGGGAAAUUCUGGAAUGUUAUCUGGCUCUAGAAUCUCUGCAAUAACAGUUUGAAAGUAUGAGGUCAUUGUGGUGUUAUUUGCUAAGCAAAAUUUGUGUAACAUGCUGUUUUGGGGGGCGGGCCAUAGAUAGUUUUUGGACAUGUCUGUGUUCAUCUCUGUAUAGGCUGAGGCGUUGAGGUAUCUGAUAUUUCAAUACCUCAUUUUGCUGUGAGUGGGGAAAAACCUAUAUUCAUGUUCUCAAAUGUUAUAUCUUUCUGAUCUUAUCGUUGAGUUUGUUCGACUUAGGCUAACUAAAUAAAAGCUUUUUUUCCGCU